AGUUUCUGAGCAUUUUCGCACGGCGCCGUGUCCCCACACUACCUGCUAGUGGUGGUACCUUGGUCUGAGUCCUGUACCUUUUCUCCGAUCGAGGUGCCCGCCCGUGGAGGGGACGGCAGCCAGAGGUGCAGGACUAGCCACUAGGGACAGACAGGUAGGCCUCUAGACUCUGUCGGCAACGGCUCUUCUCCUUUGAAGACUUCCCCCCCAUCCCCGUCCCCGUGCCCCGUCCGUUUCUCUUUUCCAUCUUGCAUCGCCAGUCCGCACUCCUUGUGACCGCUUUUUCCGCUUCUUCUCCCUCGUCUUUUUGUCCAUUCUUUUCUUUCCUUAAGUCACUCUCUUGAAUUAUUCAAUCUUCAAGCCAAUCUUCGGUUCCCGUCACUCUUUCCGGGUCCGUUCCUUUCUUUAGGCUCUACCAAGCUCAAACAACUCUUACACCAGGAUCGCUCCCACGUCCACAACGUUUUUAAAACGCCCAAAACCGUUCGAGACCGGCACAUCCGCCAUCACGAUACUUGAUUCUUACCUCCUUAUUCUGUUCUGCAGAUCAAGGAAUACACUCUUUAUUUGAACUGACUACUGAAUUAACCGUCAUUCACUACGCUCCUUUACCGACUCGUCGAUUUUGGCUCCGCCGUCUUUUCUGUCUGAUAAUCCAGCUCACUUGAACGCGUCUGCUUCAAGUAUAAUCGACGACAACCGCUUCACAGCAUCCGAUUUCGACCAGUUUCAUUUUAUUUUAUAAUUUCAACCUGCAUCUAGUGAUCGCAUCCCGCGAUCUACUUUUUAGCAAUGGCCACGGAGAUUGAACACCCCAUGGCCUUGGGCAAUGUCCCCGAGGUCACCACACCCAACUCAACAUCUUCACCAUCUGUCCCGACCCCUGUCUCAGCCUCCAUGAAAAAAGAGACACCAUCUCCCUCUGCCUCAGCCGCCAACAAUGCUUCCCGACGACCUCCCCGCAAGAGCACUCUCACCCAACAGCAAAAGAACCAGAAGCGACAGCGUGCUACACAGGAUCAAUUGACGACGUUGGAGAUGGAAUUCAACAACAACCCCACACCCACUGCCACCGUCCGUGAGAGAAUUGCCGAGGAAAUCAACAUGACCGAAAGGUCUGUUCAGAUUUGGUUCCAGAACAGACGAGCAAAGAUUAAGCUGCUGGCCAAGAAGAGUCUGGAAACUGGCGAAGACAUCGACUCAAUUCCCGAGUCAAUGCGAGCUUAUCUCGCUAUGCAGGCCAUGGAAUCUGGCAAGGGUCUCGGCGGAAGUUAUCUCGGCCGUACUGGACUGCUCCCCUUUGGUCAUGGUAACAUGAUGCUCGGUGGCGAUCAGGGAGGUCAGGGCAAAGUUUUGAUUCAUCAUCUUACCUGCCGAUCCCUCAGCAUUGGAAAGUGGACUCGAGUUGGACAAAACACGAUGGAUCUCAUCAUUUUCUACUCACCCGACAAGUGCACCAUGACCUACUACAUCAACAACGAGCAGGCUGGCUACAAGAUCGAGUACCCCUUCUCUUCCAUCAAGAACAUUUUCCUCGAGAAUGGCGAAGGAGACCCAACUAAGCUUGGAGGGAUUGUCAUUGAGUUGAACAGGCCCCCCAACUUUUUCAUGGACUCAUCUCCCACCACCAACGGAUUCUUCCAGUGUGGUGAUUUCACAGAGGAUCUCCAGGCUACCCAGUGCUUGGUCCACCACCUCGGUGGAAACCCCAAGGUUCUCAGUGGCCAGCUCGCCAAGCUAGUUUCUCUCGAGUCCUUCAUGAACCGUCACAACCCUCACCCCUACAACGACCCUCACGUCCUCUCCGUCUCGGCUCCUGUCUCACCGACCGCCCGACCCUCAUCUCAGCCCAGCUUUCAACCCCAUGUCGGCAUGUACCAGGAGCAGUGGGGUAUUCACCAGAUGCACUCUGGCAUGCGUCCUGGACCUGGCCACAAGCGUCAACGUUCGCGAUCAGUUCCUGGACCUGUUGAUUUCGCCAUGUUCCAGAAUCAGCCGAUGCCUUCCUUCUACAUCCAACCUCCUGGAGAGAUGCCUCCUCCUCCUCCCCAGCACAACCCUCACAUCUUUGCGCCUAUUCCUCAGCCUCCUGGAAACAUGGCUCCUAAUCUGCGCAUUGAUACUCAGGCAGGAUUCGGCCUGGACAUGCGUCAAUACCCCAUGUCUGCCACCACUGCUUCUCCUGCCGAGUUUCCUCCCAGCCCAGGCUUCUUCCCCCCUGGUCCCGAGGUUCCUCAGUCAAGCUACAACACACCUUAUAGCCAUGGUUUCCUGUCACCAAUGGUUAACCCCGACACAGGUGUUCCCACUUCUGUUUCUCCUCUCCCAUUCAACAGCCCUGGCGAGCCUUCCAUCCUAGAGCAGUCGCCUCCCAUGUCAAUGAUGGGCCGCCCUGGCUCAGCUGAUUUGUAUCCCAUGAACGACGGAUCUUGUGCUGUUUCGGAGGACGGAGCGAGCCUGAAUGAGAUGUACUCCAAGCACACCAUCAACCUGCCCAUGCACACAACCUCGCCUGGUUUCGUGCAACACCAACAAGCAGACCUCGACAUGGAUCAGCUCGUGCAGUUUGACGCAGUUGACCCGUCAAGCCUAUCCCCCGAGGCAAUGCCCCAAGCUCACCAAGGAAACUAAAAGAGUAUAGGGCGGGUACAGGUGUUGGUGGUGUUUUGUAGUAUGUCAAUCAUACCAGGGCGUUUGGGCAAAUUAUACCAUUGGGAUUUCCUUUUCUUGUUUUCCGCCAGCUUCAUAUAGGCGACUUUCCUUGCCAUCUUCUCAAUUCUACCAAAGCAGUAUUGAUACCGAUGGUGUCAGUUUGGUCGAUUCUCCUCCCCACUACGGCCAUGAAUGAACUUGCAUGACGAUACACUUCUUUGACAUCGGUCAUGUAUGUCGGGCACAACACAGCGAUCGUAUAACUCUUUCCCGCGUUGAAGUACUUUCAUUUUAAAUCAUUUACCGCGACUUGUUUAUUUCUUGGGUGGUCUUGUUCAACACUUUGCAACCGACGACCCUGUCAUUCGGCUUCAUUUUCCCUGACCAGCGUUGCCUGACCACCACACGCUUGUCUUGGACUUAAUCUGCAUACACAUUGUCUUUGUAAAAGCACAGAUGGUGGUGUUUAAUAUUUUCGAUAGCUUGUUUUCUUUGUAUCACGUCGAAAGUUGGGGAGAAGCCCCGGCGGCUUUUGUUAGGUUCAUUAUUCUAAUGGUGGGCUUUGGGAUGUUUUUUCUUUGUCUGGUUUUGUGCUUCGAGGCACAUUGGAGUUUAUGAGCAGCUGGGUUGCUGUCCUCGGUAGGCGUCAAUUGAGACGUGUACUUCAAGGGAAGCCUACAGUUGGACACGAAGGCAUGGGUAUUUUUAUAGGGUGGAAUUGCUGAAUAAAAUGGGGUUAUGUUCACUGAGUUUACCUGUGUGAUUGACUUUUGUGAUUGUGUGAUGAAGACAGGUUGUGUCAUUGUAAUUCCAGGGACGGAUGAUUCGGAGGUAGGAUCGUUGUGAGAGUGUUACAAGGCGCAGUCUUUAGACAUGAACGGGCUCCGAGGGGACCGUGAGAGGUAGAGGUGCAGAGAUCAGCAUGGCUGAGUCUGACAGGUUGGACAAGAAAGUGUAGACGUGAUUCAAAGGGGACGACUUUUAUAAAUAAGCAUAUAGAAAUAAGCAGUUUAUUAGAUCUUCUUAUAAUUAUCAGAUUCAUUAGUCAGA